UAACACGGUCCUGCGAGAAAAAUAAUAGAGUUUGUCUCAACAGAAAGCAUUCUGAAAGCGGCGAAGGCACCGUGGUCUCAAAAAGCGAAGAUCUCGAAGGCAUGGCAUCCACCAACAACCCAACCUCAACGCAGGACCCCAAGAUCACGAGAGCUUCUCUGGGUGAGGAAGCACAGCGCUUGGGUCAAGUUCUGAGGGAAUACUCAAAACGGUUGAAUCCGAUCCUCCGCGAACAAGCGCAAAUGACUGAUACGGCCACUGCUGAGGAACUAAGAAGCAUGGUUAACCUUGCGAAAAAAAAGCUUGAAAACACGAUUCCAACGGGAGAAGGCAUGAAGACGGCCAAGGACACCAUGACGGCUAUCAUCCUGGAGAAGAUAAACAAGAACGUCUUCGAAGACGUAGAGAAGUUCAGCACAUUCAUUGCCGCAAUGUCCGAUGACAUCGGCGAGAUAGGCGCCGGCAUUAUUGAACAAGGGACCAAAAUGUGCGAUGGCACGGUCAUCGAGGAUGGACUCACAGACUUUGAUAAGAAGUAUCUCUGGAACUGCGUCGAAGCGUUUAGAUUUACUAAUAUUCAGAAAGAAAUUAACGAGCAAGCAGGCUAGAUGUGUUGUUAAACUUUUUGGGCUGUGUAAGCGUAAUCAAAUUGCUGUUAAAUGAAAUUAUAUCCUACGCGCGUAGAGUUUAGGUCGCAAUAAAUAAUUUAUCUUUGCCACCCAUGUUAUUUCGAUUACCCACUAGUGGGAACCAGAACUGAAAUGUUGAAAGGUAUCAGCUACAGGUUUACUACAUUCUCCUUGUGCGCACACGAAAAGGCCUAGCGUCUCGAUUGAUUGCGUGGUGGAAGAUGUAGAUUGUUUAUUAAUCGAGUGGCGCAUACAAAUAAAUUACACCGAUCAGCCAACCGAUGUGCAGCUGCUGUCGACAUGCAAGAUAUAUUACGUUAUAUGUUUUGGACUGCAUAGGUUGGACAGAAAAUUUACGGCAAAAUAUUACGUUUUUGAAAAUAAAGCAUGUAUAUUGUAUGAA